AAUCAAGAAAUCGAGCUGUAUCUUACUUGCUCAACGGUCUUUGGAUAAUGAAGAAUGAAUGAAUGAAUGAAUGAAUGAAUGAAGCCUACCGGCCCUUCAGCUCUACAAGCAGCUACUGACUGAUCGCGAUCGACGGGGCUCACGGUUUGUUACUGUGCAAGAAUUAUGCCGCCUGGACGGCCUCCCCCCGGCGCUCGCAGAUAGGCUUUGAUUGAACGAAGCCCGUUCACCUAACUCCUUCUUAGGCAUUGACAGGGGAUCCCUACUUGACCAUUAUUAAUUACCCUUGACGGAUUUUCACUGUUGUUCGCUGCCAUUAACAUCCCUCCCGCCCGCGAUCUCGCUGCCCCGUCUCUUGUGCCACCGAUUAAGCGUGAGCAUCCCGACCAAGCUACAGCUUCUAUAUAUAUCUAUAUAUACAAUCAAGUUUUCCGGGGAACAGAAUAAAUAUAUCUUUACUCCCUGAUUGUUUGCGUUCCCGCGCUUUCUGCUGCAUGAGAUAAUAGUGGUGGCCGCAAGAAGCAAACCGGAUUGAAGGAUGGCUCCGAAGGCCGCUAACCACCAAAUAGGGUGGCUAUACGAUUUAGUACUAUGGUCGCUUGCCGUGCUCAUCGACCUGUUUUUCAGAGAGGUCCACCCGCGCAGUUCAUGGAAGGUCCCCAAACGUGGUCCUAUAAUCCUCGUUGCUGCCCCGCAUGCGAACCAGUUCGUGGAUUCGUUGAUUCUUAUGCGCGUAGCCCGCAGAGAACUAGACCGUCGAAUAGCCUUCCUCAUCGCCGAAAAAUCAUUCAAGCGGAGAUUCGUCGGGUUGCUAGCAAAAGCUGCGGGCGCGUUGCCCGUGGCUCGGGCCAUGGAUAAUAUGAAACCUGGCGAGGGAUUAAUAUACUUACCAGACCCUGUUAAUAAUCCGAAACUACUAAGGGGUGUUGGCACGAAGUUUGACGACCCAGGAUUUGAACCUGGCGGCACGAUCGCUCUGCCGACAAUAAAUGGCGAAGCCCAUUCAACGGAUAUUGCAGAGAUUCGCGGCCCAGAUGAGAUCAUUUUGAAGAAACCCUUCAUGCACAAGGAUGCGCUGUACCAGCUUACGGGCCGGACAGACAUCUCAGAUGAUUUGAAGUUUACUGGCAGUGCUGCGGAGCAGGAUCUGUCAGGCUUCAAAGGGUCUAAGUUUAAAGUUGCUCCACAUGUCGAUCAGACGGGCGUGUAUAAAGCGGUAUUUCAGACCCUCAAUGCUGGAGGAUGUAUCGGCAUCUUUCCGGAGGGCGGUAGCCAUGACAGGCCUAACUUACUUCCAUUGAAAGCUGGUGUUGCCUUGAUGGCACUUGGGGCCUUGGCAGAGAACCCCGACUGCGGUGUGAAAAUCGUCCCUUGUGGCAUGAACUAUUUCCAUGCGCAUAAGUUCCGCUCUAGGGCCGUGGUGGAAUUCGGUAACCCAAUUGAAGUGCCACGGGAGCUUGUUGAAAUGUACAAGGCAGGCAAUCGACGGGAAGCUAUAGGAACACUGUUGAACACUAUUUACCAGGCACUUGUUGCGGUGACUGUCGUUGGUCCCGACUAUGAAACACUUAUGUUGAUACACGCAGCAAGACGGUUAUACAACCCGGCAGGAAAGAAGCUUCCGCUCCCUAUGGUCGUAGAGCUGAAUCGUCGUCUGGCGAAGGGCUAUGCCCAGUACAAAGACGACCCUAGAAUUGUGAGCCUAAAAAAGUCCGUCAUGGAGUACAAUAAACAGCUGUGGUUGCUAGGCAUACGUGACCAUCAAGUAGCAUAUGCCAAAUUCUCCAUCAUCAAGGUGGUUUCGACUUUGAUAUACCGCCUUGGAAAACUGGGUAUUAUGUCCAUUGGCACCUUACCCGGCCUCGUGCUCUUCGCACCAGUGUUCGUAGCGACCAAAAUGAUUUCAGUCAAGAAAUCCAGAGAGGCAUUAGCCGCAUCUAGUGUGAAGAUUCAGGGCCGCGAUGUAAUGGCUACGUGGAAAUUACUAGUUGCAUUAGCUUUCGCACCUCUCCUCUAUGCAUUCUACACAAUCCUCCUCACAUACUGGACCUAUCGGAAUCGCAUCCAGGGGUAUGUUCCCGAAUGGGUACCUCUCUGGCUAGUGGUGAUAUUCGGCUGUUGGAUAUUCCCUUCAAUUACCUUUGCAGCAUUACGAAUCGGCGAGAUCGGCAUGGACAUCCUGAAAUCCAUGCGCCCGCUCGUCCUGUCCCUCAACCCCACCUCCGCCAACACAUUCGUCAAGCUCCGAGACCGAAGAGCCAAGCUCUCACAUGAAGUAACGGAGCUGAUCAACACGCUCGGUCCGGAAAUGUUCCCUGAUUUCGACGCCACGAGAGUUGUCGCAGACCCAUUCAAAGAAUCGCUAUUCAUGCACGAGGAGCCUUCAGCAUCGAAGAAAGAAAACCAGCUUCUCAUGGGGCAAGAACCGGACGCGUCCACACGGAGAAUCAAAGGCGAGACUACCACCUUUGUCCCCAGCCACCUACCCCGCAACGAAUCGUUCCACGACCUCAGCAACAUUGGCUUUUUCUCCACGCGGCCACCUAGCCGGAACCGCAGCCGCAGCCGGAGCAGUUCGAACAGCGGCCUUACCGGUUCGAGCGGCAUGCCGCUCAAGGCGUUCAGCACGCUGAAUUCCAAGGAGAGCUUUGAUGAAGUUAGCAAGCGGAUUCGGGGGGCUAUGAAGGAACGGGGCCGGUUGAGGAGGAAGCAGAGUGGGGAGUUUGGGUGGGAGGUUGCUAGCUCUGCGGGGUCUGAGAGUCCGCGCAGCGAGGUUGGGAAGAAAGAUUUGUGAUUUUAGUUGUCGUUUUUUAUUUUGGUGAUUGUCAAACGAGGGAAAAAAUGAGGGAGGGGUGUGUAUAAACAGAGGAUUUGGUGCACGGAUUAUUGUUUUCCCCUCGGGAUAGUCAAAUUACUUGGGAUGGAGUGUGAGUUGAGGGAAUGGGAAUCGUCGCAGAUGCCGAUUAAACCCAUGAAAAAAGCGACGUAUAUAUUUGCGGGUAUGGGUAUACAUACAUUGAGUGGAUUUGGGGUUAUAACUCCAGAACUGACGAUACAAACGAGACCCUUGGCAAGCCCAAGGUGAGGGGACGGGCUAUCGCCCCGAUUUACUAGUGUGCUGCUGCCCCCGACAGCUGUCCUUGCUGGUCCCGCUGCUAAUUCGGCUCAAACCAUUUUGGACAAUAUAUUUUUCGGUACUUCUCUUUUGUUCUGUUGUUUGUCGACGCGCUCGGUACUGUUAAAUAUCUUGAUAUUUUCUUCUUCUUCCUUUCAGUUGGACCCCCUGUUAAUUCAUAUCGUCAAUCAGGUGUGGCGUUCUAGCGUUUCUCAAAUGUUUUGUUUCAAAGCCGUGGUUAAUAUCCAGGUUCAUUCUUGACGCGAGGAGGAGGUGGAAGAGGAGGAGGACUCGGAGAGGAGGGCAGAGCGACGUUCCGCAUUUAUUAUUUUAUGAUUCUCAUGCUAUAUUAUCGCCAUAUCAUAUGCAGAUAGUUUACAUAGCCAAAUACGUAUUUACGCAGCACUUCGGGUUGUAAUCGAGUUGUUCAACCAUGUGAAGUAGAUAUUUGCUCUCCUUUUGCAGCUAUCGACCGAGCCAGCGCGAUGACGUCGGCACCAAGCCACUUCUCCGUACUCCGUACUCCGUAACAGAGGCUCAUUUAAU